UCUCCUUCCAGAACCAUGGCGAGAGGCUGCAGAGUGACGGCCCCAUGUGCAGUGCUGCUGCUGGCUGCCUCCUGCGUCCUGCAGUGCUGCUGCUCCCUGCACACCAAGGGCUCCCUGUCUCUGGACCAGAUCACCUUCUAUAAGGUCAUUCCAAAGAUGAAGUUUGUGUUGGUAAAGUUCGACACUCAGUAUCCAUAUGGAGAAAAGCAGGAUGAGUUCAAACAGUUAGCAGAAAGUUCAUCUUCCAGUAAAGAUCUUCUGGUGGCUGACGUUGGGAUCUCAGAUUAUGGAGAUAAAAUUAAUAUGGAGUUGGGUGAGAGGUACAAGCUAGAUAAGGAAAAGUUCCCAUAUUUUUAUCUCUUUGUGAAUGGUGACAUCGAAAACCCAAUCCCUUACAAUGGGGUGGUUAAGAUCAAUGCUAUCCAGCAUUGGUUAAAGACUCAUGGAGUAUACUUGGGCAUGCCUGGGUGCCUAGAGGAUUAUGAUAUGCUAGCUGAAGAGUUCAUAAAGUCCACUGAUAAAGAGGAGAGGAGCGAGCUCCUGAAGAAAACUCAGACCAUGUUGGCCUUUGUUGGGGAGCUGGAUAAACAGUCUGCAGAGCAAUAUGUGAAGAUCAUGAGCAAAAUCCUGGACCAAGGAGAGAACUUUGCGCACAGUGAGUUUGAACGCAUUACAAAACUGAUAGAAAAGAACAAGAUGAGUGAUUCUAAGAAAGAGGAUCUCCAGAAGAGGCUCAAUAUUCUCAGCAGCUUCCAGAGCAAAGCGCAAGAAAAAGAGGAGCUUUAAAAUAGAUUCAAGUUAACCUAUUUAUUCCAACAGUAUUCCAUAUUAAUGGUACAAGAAACAUUGUGACAUGUCUCAUCUCACUUCAUGGACAUCUGUUCUUACCAUAGGAAGUCUCACUGCCUGCCUAGUUUUGAUAUAUACUGUGUUCUUGUUAUGUGCAUCAGAGCAUGUGUCUACAUCAUUUCUAAGUUCAGCAAUACAGUAUUUUAGUCCAUUCUAAGGAAUAGUAUAUAUAUAUAUUUUUUUUUGUAUUGUGGCUUCCUACUUUCAUGCAAUAGUUCAAGAGAUGCUCAUGUCUGUCUUGAUAGUAGCUUGUUGAAUUAUUACAUGGUGCCUUGUCCAGUAAUCCAUGUGAAAGGUUGGUGCAGAUUAUCUAGUACUGUACCUAUAUUUAAUGAGUAUCUGUCAGCAGUUUUGACUAUGUAAAAA